AGCUAGCUAGCUAGAGCUGUAUAUAUUCAUAAAUAUAUAUACACACACAAAAGAUGGCUGCUGAAAAUGAGUUCAAGCAUUUGGUUCUUGUCAAGUUUAAGGAAGAUGCUGUGGUGGAAGACAUUCUCAAAGGAAUGGAAAAGCUUGUUUCUGAAAUGAACACUGUCAAGUCCUUUGUCUGGGGAAAAGACACAGAGAGCCAUGAAAUGCUAAGGCAGGGGUUUACGCAUGCUUUCUUGAUGACGUUCGACACCAAAGAGGAUCACAUUGCCUUCUCCACCCAUCCCAAACACCUCGAAUUUUCCGCCUCCUUCUCCGCUGCCAUUGAUAAGGCCGUGCUUCUUGACUUCCCGGCGGUUCUCGUUAAGCCUCCGCCGCCUGCUGCCGCUGUUACUCCUCCUCCCGCGGCGGCGGAUAAUUAAUCAAUCCUCCCCGGCCGGCGGUUGCACUUUACGACCCAUCG